GGUGGUCGCUGCUGACCCUUUGUCGCGGCGUCGCCGGAGAGCGGCGUCCGGCUGGCUUGGCGCUCAUCCUGCCGCCACGGCCGGUUCGGUCUUCCGGAGCUGUUCCUGCCUUGCUGGCGCCGGGUCCGGGCUUUAACCCUCGGUGCGGGCGUCGGGGUGCGACCGGGUCCCCCCGCCACAGCGCUGGGGAUGGUCUUGGAGGCCUGCAGAUGAUGUCAUCCGGAUGACCUCAUGUGGAUGACGUCAUCCCGAUGACAUGUAGACGUGGUUGCCUCCAGCGCGCUGGCAGAGGUGCUCCGGGACAGGCUGCGGUGCCGAGCGGGGACAAGGUGCCGGUGGCCGGGCGGUGGGCUGCGGCCCUUGCUGGGGACGUCCCUGGGGUCUGCCCUGGGCCACUGCUGGGGCCGUCGCCAGGGACCUCACCGGGGUCCUCGCUGGGGCCCUCCCUGGCGUCUUCGUUGGAGACCUGCCGGGGCCAUCACCGGGGUCCUGGCUGGGGCCGUCGUUAGGGACCCGGCUGGGGCCGUCGCCAGAGUCCUCACCGGGCACCUACCGGGGUCCGUGCCGGGGACCUCAUCCCUCAGUGUGCCCUGCCCCCCUGCAGCCCCCCGGGACCCCCUGACCCUCCUCUCUCCUGCAGGUCCCCGGGCGGAGGCGCCGCCCCGGCAGUGUCGGCCAUGCUCUAGGGGAGACCCGCCAUGAGCCAAAGCGGGGCCUCGCGCCUGGCCGGCUCCCCGCCGCUGCCGGGGGGCUCGCUGCUGGCCCUGCUGGCCCCCGAGCCCUCCCCGUCCCCCCCCAGCGGGACGCCCUCGCCCGGCCCCCCCCCGGCCUUGCUGGAAGGGGACUGGGAAGGGCGGGAGGAGCUGCGGCUGCGGGAGCUGGAGGAGGCGCGGGCGCGGGCGGCCCAGAUGGAGAAGACGAUGCGAUGGUGGUCGGACUGCACGGCCAACUGGCGGGAGAAAUGGAGCAAGGUGCGAGCCGAGCGCAACCGGGCGCGCGAGGAGGUGCGGCAGCUGCGGCAUCGCCUGGAGGCCCUCACCAAGGAGCUGGCCGGGCUGCGCCGUGACCGCGACCGACCGGAGGAGCGCCCGCCGCCCACCCGCCCGCCGCCAUGGCUUCACGGCCGGCCCGGCGCCAGCAGCCCGCCCGACGCCGACGGGGCGGAGGCAGAGGCCGAUCCAGAGCGGGAGCCGGUGCGGGAUGUGGGGGCCGAGGCGCCCCAAAAAGCCAAGGAGCUGGAGCUGAUGGAAAACAUCUUGACGAGCAAGCAGGAUGAGAGCUGGGAGCAGCGGGGCCCCCGGGCCUCCUUUGCCCGCCAGGAACGGAGCCGCCUGCUCUGGGAGGACGUCAGCGUCAUGGAGGAGGAUGCCACCAAAGUCACCGCCCUGAAGCUGAGGCUGGAUGAGUCCCAAAAAGUGCUGCUCAAGGAGCGGGAGGACAAGCUGGCGCUCAGCAAGAACAUCGAGAAGCUGGAGGGCGAGCUCAGCCAGUGGAAGAUCAAGUAUGAGGAGCUCAACAAGAACAAGCAGGAGGUGAUGAAGCAGCUCAACAUCCUGAAGGAGAUCCACCAGGACGAGCUGGGGCGCAUCUCCGAGGACCUGGAGGACGAGCUGGGCGCUCGCUCCAGCAUGGACAAGAAGCUGGCCGAGCUGCGCGCAGAGAUGGAGCGGCUGCAGGCAGAGAAUGCGGCCGAAUGGGGCCGGCGGGAGCGGCUGGAGACGGAGAAGCUCAACCUGGAGCGGGAGAACAAGAAGCUGCGGGCGCAGAUCGAGGACCUGGAGGAGGUGCUGGCUCGCAAGCGGCGCCAGACAGCCAGCGCCCUGGACACUGACCUCAAAACCAUCCAGGCCGAGCUCUUCGAGAAGAACAAGGAGCUGGCUGACCUGAAGCACAUCCAUGCCAAGCUGAAGAAGCAGUACCAGGAGAAGAUGGCCGAGCUGGCCCAUGCCAACCGCCGCGUGGAGCAGCACGAGGGCGAGGUGAAGAAGCUGCGUCUGCGGGUGGAGGAGCUGAAGAAGGAGCUGGCCCAAGCCGAGGACGAGCUGGAUGAGGCCCACAACCAGACGCGGAAGCUGCAGCGGUCGCUGGACGAGCAGACAGAGCAGAGCGAGAGCUUCCAGGUGCAGCUGGAGCAUCUGCAGUCCCGGCUGCGGCGGCAGCAGAGCACCCCGCUUUUUGGCAAGAUGCGCAGCGCCCGCUUCGGCCCCGACGACGCCGGGGACGGCACCAGCGACCCGGACGAGGACGAGGACCUGCAGAUCCAGGUGCCCUAGAGCCCAGGGCCGGGUGCCACCGCCACAGGGACGUCCCGUGGCCGUGCUCUGCCCACAAGUGCCUGUUGCCGCGGGGCCCGGCCAUGCGGUGACCCUCGUGUAGAUGGGGAAACUGAGGCACGGAGCCGUGGGGAGGAAUUUGCCUGGAGAUGCUCCGAACCCACUGCCUCUCGGACGGCAUCCGAUGCCCCUCGGCCACUGGCGUCUCCUGGGACACAGAUGUGGCCACCAAAGCCAGCGUCACCUGAGCAGCCCAGGAGGAGGAAGCGCAGGGCAGCGAGGGACACCGAGCCCUGCAGCCAGCCACGCUCUCCUGCCCACAUUUUUAUAUAUAUUAUAUAUAUGUAUG